CUAUGGAGAUUGCAAUCAAGAAGACAUAUCCAGACACGGUGCACCGUUGGUGCAAAUGGCACGUUCUGAAGAAGGCGAAAGAGACACUAGGGCCCUUAUACACGAAGAAGAGUGAUUUUCAGGCAGAAUUCCACAAAAUUGUUAACCACAUGCUAACUGAGGAGGAAUUUGAAACAGCUUGGGAGGCGCUGCUAGAUAAGUACAGCUUGAUGAACCAUAGCUACAUGACCCAAAUAUAUGAGACUAGGCGGAAGUGGGCAAAACCAUAUUUCAGAGGAGUGUUCUGCGCAAAAAGGACAAGCACGCAAAGGAGUGAGAGUGCAAACCACAUGUUGAAGUCUUAUAUGCCCCCAGCCAGCCCAAUGCACGUUUUCGUCAGACAAUACAUGAAGCUACAGUUUGAUCACGAACGCGAGGAAAGCUAUGAGGAAAAGAGGACGAUGAUAGGCGGUGCGGUGAGGCGGACUAAUCUUGCAAUAGAGCGACAUGCUAGCAAGGUAUACACCAGGAACAUGUUUGAGGAAUUUGGGCGUUUACUGAUGGAAGGAACUGCUUACAAUGUUACGGAAGUGGAGAGGAUGAGAAUAUACAGGACAACCCACAAUAAUGCAGCAAAAAGGGAAAAGUGGAGUAGGGUCAAGUACGAGGUGACCAUGAACGAAUAAAAAACAAUAUUCAACUGCGAGUGCGGCCAGUUUAAUCACACUGGAAUGCUUUGCAGCCAUGUUUUGAGGGUAAGAAGCGAAUAGAAAACACCUAGUAUGGAAAAUCUUGAAAAAAUGAAACUCAAUUCCUGCAAACACCCACGCUGAGCCUAUUGUUCUUGGCUUGCAGGUUAUGGAAAUUCUUCAUUUGGAAGAGAUUCCAAAACACCACAUCCUAAAACGGGGCCCAGAGACGCAAGGGAUAUACUCCCUGAUCACCUGGUGCAAUACCAAAAGGACAAUUCACAGAAUUGGUCAUUUACGUUUAGGCAUGCGACGCUGUACUUCAAAGCCAUGGAAGUUGUGAGGAUGGGGGACGCUAGCGCUGCAUGCUACGAACACGUCCAUGCCAGCCUGGAUUCACUGCUUCAGAGUGCAGCGCCUCUAGCAGAGGAAA